AGCAAAUAUUAGUCUGAUAUUUGACAGUUUUUGUGUAGAAUUGUUAAUCAUUCUUUAAUAGUUUCUGAAUUCUUUAAGUUGUAUAUUAUAUAUACAAAAAAAUAUGGGUCUGGUUGAAACAGACGUCGAAAUGAAGAACGCUGAUAGCCCUCCAGGUUUGGAAGCUGGGGACAGCAAACGUGAUACAGACCUACAAAGUGUUUUGGAGAUUCGUGAGCAUGCCAGGCAAAUAGAGAAGUCCGUCACUAGUAAAGAAAACCGUUUUAUUCUAAGAGUUCUACGGUGUUUACCCAAUACAAGAAGAAAACUGAAUGGUGUCGUUCUGAGAAGUCUUAUCAAUCAAAUCUAUCCAGUCUCCGAACGUGAAGCUCUGCUGAAUUUCACUGAAGAAGCUGUUGGAGAUUUAGACACCACCCAGGCAAGGGCCAGAUCUGCCACCAAAUCGCCAUUACCAGAGGUUGAUACAUAUAUAAAUUUAUUGAUUUUGGUUCGUCUCAUUGAUACCAAUAAACUACAAGAAGCAGAAAGGUGUUCUCAGGCACUAAUGAACAAAAUAACAACUCAAAAUCGACGUACCAUAGAUCACAUAGCUGCCAAGUGUUAUUUUUAUCACUCUAGAGUUGCUGAACUUUCAAAUAAACUUGAUACAAUCAGAGCUUUCUUGCACUCACGUCUUCGUACUGCUACGCUUCGAAAUGAUUUUGAAGGUCAAGCAGUUCUUGUCAAUUGUUUACUAAGAAAUUACCUGCAUUACUCGUUAUAUGAUCAAGCAGAUAAACUGGUGAGCAAAUGUGUAUUUCCAGAGACAGCCAGCAACAAUGAAUGGGCAAGAUUUUUAUACUAUUUAGGUCGUAUCAAAGCGGCUCGAUUAGAGUAUAGUGUUGCUCAGAAACAUCUUGUACAAGCUAUGAGGAAAGCGCCUCAGAACGCUGCUAUUGGAUUCCGCCAAACAGUGCAAAAACUCACCGUCGUAGUUGAGCUCCUUCUGGGAGAUAUACCGGAAAGGCAGAUAUUCAGACAGUCCAGUAUGAGGCAUUCUUUGGCUCCAUAUUUUCAGUUGACUCAAGCUGUCCGUAUGGGAAAUUUACAACGAUUUGGCGAGGUGUUGGAGAAUUUUGGACCGCAGUUCAGGCAAGACCAUACAUUCACGCUGAUUUUACGUUUACGUCACAAUGUCAUUAAAACGGCAAUAAGAUCCAUCGGAUUAUCUUACUCGAGAAUUUCUCCUCAAGAUAUCGCCAAGAAACUGGGACUUGAUUCAGCGGAAGAUGCUGAAUUCAUUGUUGCGAAAGCAAUUAGAGAUGGAGUUAUAGAAGCAACCCUUGACCCUCAGGCUGGGUAUAUGAGAAGCAAGGAAAGUACAGAUAUUUAUUGCACAAAGGAACCUCAGAUGGCUUUUCAUCAGCGAAUAUCGUUUUGUUUGGAUUUACACAACCAGAGUGUGAAAGCGAUGAGAUACCCUCCAAAGGCUUAUGGAAAGGAGCUGGAAUCUGCUGAAGAAAGGAGAGAAAGGGAACAGCAGGACUUGGAACUAGCGAAGGAAAUGGCCGAGGAAGAUGAUGACGGUUUUCCAUGAGUUUUUAACAUUAUUUGUGUAUUUAAUGAAUUUUGAUAUUGCUUUUGUUCUGUAUACUUUAUUACUGAGUAGAUGUUUGCAAUAAUCUGUAGUUGAUAUUUAUUUACAUGCAAAUAGUAUUCAAUACUGAAGGUUUUCUGUGGAAAUAUAUUGAUUGCUUUGUAUA